AUGACGCUCAAGACGAUAUUGGCCUUGGUGGGUACAGAGUAACUAAUCGUGUAGUUGUUAACCUUCUCUUCUUCUCUUUCCUGCUUAUUUUCAAUGAAUUCCCAUUUUCUGAACAUUUUUGGUCAGCAUUCUUGACGCAGGUUUCCUUCUUAGUCUCUGUAAGUGUUGAAUUAGUAAUUUAUAGCUGUAGAGCUUAACAAAACCCGUUCUUUGGAAUACAGGAAUUGCUUUGGCAGAACUGAGUUACUCUCCAAACAGCUUAAUAGAUGUAUCUUGUCCAUCCACGUUCUUUAUAUAAUUCAUAACUUCAAACAUGUAGCUUUUAACACACCUAUUAUUUUACCAAAUCGAUUGGUAACACGAUUCAAGCUUUUCCGGAUCAAGAGCCCGAACAUUCACUUUAUCCUUACAGACUUCUUAAAGAGACAGUGUCUGCAAAUUUCAUUGUUGAAAUUAAAUCAGUUGAGAUCCCAAAGAGAUAAACGAAAGUCUUGCUAAAAGUUACUAGCCAAUGCAUGAAAACAGUUAUGGGGGAGAAACGUAGACUAAACCCUGAAAUAUGUUUUACCCACCUUCAUAAGAAUGCCAGUGCAUGAGUCACCUUCAUAAUUCUUGCAAGGUUGUAAAGAGAGGUAUAUAAUAUUUUCGGAAUUUACUUCCUGUACCGCCACAGAUGAAGUAAAACAAAAGAAAAAAAACCAUGAAACAAUAUACCAAACAGACAAAGAAGGCUUUUGUUUUACGUCAUCUGUGUCCAGUACACGACGUUUUGACCAAAUUUUCUUACUAUUUGCCCCUUUGGUCGCAAAAAAGGGAAAGGGUCUUUCUUUCUUUGUAACUAAACUAUCUGAACGUCAUGUUGUUGCACUACAGGUUCUGUGCAGUUUCCUUGCCAGCCUUCCACAUGCUGAGGGUAUAAGCUGUUAUUCAUGCCUCGAGUAUCCAGGCUCCAACCAAACAUGCAGCAACCCUGCUAUAAUUCAAUGCGGACCCUAUUACGACUCUUGUGUAGCUAUGAACUAUACAUCCAACAUAAUGGGGAUUCAUUAUUCAGCAGCCUUGAAAAACUGCUCGAUAUCUAACCAUCAGUGCAACUCAAGCUAUGUCUGUGGCCUAGUGAACAGCUCCAUAUCUCAAUCCGGUGGAACCCUACUCUCAUGCUCAUUUAACUGUUGCUAUGGAGAUCUGUGCAAUGGGCAAGGUGGAGGAGGUAUCUUAUAUCUCUUUUUUUUAAAAUCAUUUUUCGCAAUGUCAUGGUAUAAUAGCGGCAUACAAUGAAAAAAAAGGUACAUGAAAGAUAUGAUAUAACUGCCUAGUAUUCGGGCCGUGACCUUUUCACUACCGUAAAAUUCCGAAAAUAAGCCCCGGGACUUAUAUUUUUCAAAGGCCCUUUUUGAGGGGCUUAUUUUUGGGGGGAAUUAUGUACGGAGGGAAAUUUGCGUUUAAAAACCGAUUAAGCUAGUCUUAUUCUUGGUAGGAAAUUUACCGUUUUCUUUGUUUUGCUCUGUAUUUGAGGGCAAUUUCCAAGUACAAGCCCCCUGGGGGGCUUAUAUUUGGAGGGGCGAUUUAACGGAGGACUUUUUGCGUUACGAGUUUAGGGGACUUAUUUUCGGAAUUUUACGGUACUUUAAUUUGGUACACUUUCAUUGUUGCGUUUACGCGUGGGCAGGGUAAGGGUACUUUCUCAUAUGUCAGAGUUGAGAAAGCUUUUUUUUUGCGAUAUUGAGGUUAGGGUUAGGGAAAUUUAGGUUCCUGGCUUUGGCUAGUAAAAUAGGUACGUAAUAUAGCCUUAUCACUACUCACAAUCUCAUCAUUUCAAAUAUCCUCAAUAGAGACCUUUCAAGGGGUAUAAGCGACAGGCGUAGUAUAUCCCGAAUACAUCCCUAAGGAAGUUACCAACAACUGCAAAAUCAAAAUAACUUUACCUAAGGAUUUUACAAGUAUACGACAGUUAAUCUUAUUUAUUUACUAGGGAUUUAUUUUUUUAUUUAUUUACUCAGUUAUUUGUGUAUUUUCAAUCAUAUAGCCGAUGUAAACCCCUUACUUGAUUCGCACAACUUUAUUAAAACAACGGUUGUGGAAGUUAACAUUCUAUUUUGAGGCUUUUGCAUUCGUUUCUAUAAAUAUACAAAUAAAUGAAAUUUACUCUAAAUCUGAUUCAGUAUCUUAUAACUUGAGUAUUUCUCGUGCUUUAUAGGAAACGUAACUUUGCCUCCAUGGACAAACCCACCGCCGACAACUUAUCAUCCACCGUUCACUACUCAGAGCCCUUCAGGUGAAAGAUAUUUUGAUUUAUUAUAAGCUAUUAUAUAAGUACUGAGAUUUACUCACAGAAGACAAUGGUGAAAAAACGGUACUAUUCUUAGACACAGCCAAUCAGCGACGGUAAAUUUUACGCUAGUGAAACCACCUCACUUUAAGCUCGAAAACUGGCAAGCGCUUUUUCAUUUUCAAGAUGUUGAAAAGGUUUGGAAACGUCGGGAGCCGUGAGCCGGGAGCGGGAACGGAAGUCUGAGAACGAGUAGUCAGGGGUAGUCGAUAAAAAUCAAAAAUGACCGAUUAGGAUCAAGAAACCGGUAAGAUCGAUGAUAGAGAAGCGUCAAAACAGCACUUAACGUCGCUAUUUUACUUGAACUAUAUGCUCAUGAGGUGCUUGAAAUUAUGCCGAGGUCAGAUAAGCUUAACUUCAUGACAUUUUUCACCUAUGUUGUACUAAACCUGACAUGUCCGUUUUCUCAAGCCCAAAUUAAGACAUGUUGGCGAUGAGAUAAAAACGGUAAAUCUAAUAAUAGUAUAUCAACAAACCUAUGAUGAGAAGUCAGUGCAAAUUGUAUUAUUUGAAAAGAUAAGUUUCUAAAAUAUGGAUCAGGCUAUUACAUCAAUAAAAGGCACCUUUAACCAUAUUAACGUCUAAUGUGGCAGGAAUAUAAACCACACUUUGCUCUUAAAGAGUCAGUUGUUUGAAGCAAAUGGCUAUGCUGUGGUUCUAGUUUAUUAUAAACUUGGUUUAAAUUUUGUUUCCCUUUGUUUUGGGGUAUGGUAAAAUGAAUUUUAUGAUUAUGAGUUCAAAGCAAAAGGGAAUAAUUUAACUUCAAACUUAAGUGAACCACAACUGAGCUACAGUAUUAAGUGUUGCAAGUAUACAUGAGGGAAGUACUUUAGUUGGAAUCGAAGGUACUUUCUAAAGGUUGAAAUAUGGGAAGUAUAUCUCCUCCGUUUAGCCGUCUGGAUGCUUUUUUCCCCUAGGGGGACACCAUUAAUGUUUUUGCAGAGUGGAGCCCCGCAUCUCUUUAAUGAACAUUAUUUUAACUGUUGAGAAAAAUAGUUCAAGCUCAGUGAAAAAACUGAAUGUGGCAAUGACUUAAACCAGUUUGCAAGCUGUUUUAUUGGCUUGAUCCAGUAAUAUUACAGUGCACCUACCAUCUAGUAUCACACCAUCAAUAUCAGAGAGGUUGGCAGCUGAUAAGAAGGUGGUUGAUAAGCCUUCAAGCAAGCUGUCUGUAUUCACACAAGUGAUGGGUGGCAAAAGAUUGGAGUGCCAAUACGUUUUUCAGUAAAUACAACUGUAUUUGUAUAGUGGCCACAUUACACUUACUCAAUGCCUCAUGUAUAAUAACACUACAGGGCUUACUACCCAUUUUCCUUAACUUUUUUUCCACUCCUUGGGGCAAACUUCGGGGUCCUUAAAAAAAAAGGGGUAGGAAGCUUAAUUCAUUAAUUCACAGUAUCAAAGAAGUUAAAGAGAAGAAUCAGACUAGAGUUACAGCAACCCAGAAGAGGGGCCUUUAUACGAAGAGGCCCGCCCCAGGGUAAAACACCUUACCCUUUUGUAUACUAUUUUAGACAGAAAAGGUAGCCCUUUUUUAAACCCUCUGGUGUCAAAUAGUACCCCUUUCACAAGUAAGAAUGCUGCAUCCCUUUUAACUGCUGUAAGUACACCUCGAUACACCGUCUUUACAAUAUGAAUAAAUCGCUAAAACAGAUGACAGAUUUCCCUUUCACAUCCUUCAACCAUAAAAAACCCUUCCAUUUCAUGUACCUGAAGCCUAGAAAAGGUUCCCCUUUCGGGCAGAGCCUCUCUGGUUAGGCCAUUACAGUACCCACCCCCUCCCCAAAUCUUCCUCCUACCCUGGGAACAGCACUUGAUACAGUGAUAUUGUAUGGUGUAAAUUUUACGAAACGUUUCCUGCAUAUGAAGAAAUACGUUGAUUAUUGUCAAAAGCUUAAGGAAGGGAAGGGUUUUGGAUCUCAAUUCUUAGCGGAGGGGGAGGAGGUAACUGAGCAUUUGCAGUGAGUGAGAAUCAGUGCAUGCAAUGCCAUCCAAUGGUUUUAAUGCAGGAAAGGGUCGUGAGUUUUGUCUUUUGCAGAACUACAAAUGUCCGCCGAAUGACUCUGACGUUUAGUGAUUAGAGUUAGGAAACUGAGUGAAUCAGGUUCCAUUUUGGGUCAUACUGGCAAAUUGACCUGAAACAAUUGUUUCACAAAAUUAACUGAAAUUGUUUGAUUUUCAUGUAUCAGCAGUGAAACACUUCGAUUAAAAUCAUUAAAAUCUUGAAUUCUUGCAGAGUAGUAGAUCUAAUAACAGUAAAAGCAGAACCAGAUUGUUAAUUAAAAGUAGUUGUGGAAAUUUGGUGAUGAUAUGAUCAAUGAGAUUUUUCAAAGGAGUAAUCUCUGUCUAGGGAAAUAGGAGACGUCUGCACGCGGGAUACCUCGCUGCUUCUAUGUAUGUUAUCUAUAAGGAAAAGUCGUUCAUUCUUUUGUGGGCUAGACAGUAUACAUUCGCCUGAGUUCAAAAUAUGUGGCUGUGCAUUGCGAGUUUUCUCCCGACUCCAUAUUCUUUCAACUGCUGUUGGAUCAUAUUUUUUUUCCUACGCGUUUGUCUUUGUUGUUGUUGUUGUUGUUUCGAGGCGGGCGCACACCCCUGGAUAUGUUAAGUAAAACGCAAAAGGUGAAAAAUGUCGACAUGAAAUUAUUGCCUCCGCAUACUAUUUCAAGCACUUCAAGAGCAGAUAGUUCAAGUGAAAUAGCCACGCUUCUCUAUCAACGAUCUUAUCGGUUUCUUGAUCCUUAACGGGCCAUUUAGGAUUUUUGUGGGGCUUACCGCUGACUACUCGUUUCCAGACUUCCGCUCCCCGUUCUUCAUUUUAGUAACAUGCGGUUGGCAGAAUUCUCGAUAACUAUGCAUACCCUCGACUUCCUCUCGGGUUUGCAUAACUGUCUCGAAUUCUCCCAACCCCUCUCCCGUUUAUAUCAGGUUACAUAAACACGGAAAACGUUUUCGCAUAAAUGAUACGUAAGUGGAGAUCCCGCCUAUUAUUGCGUCUCUUUGCAUUUAAGAAAUUUGACGACUGGGUUCCAUUAUACUGAGAGAGUUACACCUCAUGGAGUUGAUAUGUUGCCCUAGUUUUCAUUUCUACGGAUGUAUCAUAUCUGAUCAUCAACUGAAUAUAAGUUUUCCUCGAAAAAUAUUAGAGUAAAAAAAGAGCAUAGAGGCAUAAGACGACAAUAUCUCUUUUUAUAUUUUGUUCGGAUAUUAUGCACUUGACUGUCAAAGCUAACAUAAAUAUCCUUUCUUAACAAUCGUGUUCGUUUCAAUGAGAUACCAUUUAAGCGAUUUAUAGAAUCCACUCACAAGUCGUUGUCUGUCAUCCGUGUUUUAAAUAACAGGGUGUGGAGCUGCUGUAAACAACACCCUCAAAAGUCCAGGAUAUCCUAGCAGAUAUCCAAAUAACAUGGAUUGCGUCUAUCGGGUACAUAUUCCUCACGGAAUGGCAAUGAGAAUCAACUUCAGUUCUUUUCUCCUGGAAUCUGGGUAAGGACUUGUUUUACAGAAAUUAAUAACCAGCUUUUUGCCACCGGAAAUCUUAAUCUGUAACAUUAUAAUGUUAUUAUAGUUUUCUUACAAGCCAGGUAGGUAUACCUCAGUCGAUUCUGGAGAUCGGUAAUCGUUUAGGAAACUAACAAGCUUAAAGCUAUUCAGACUAGGGGGAGUACUGGUUUUAUAGGGCCCUCAAAACUUUAAAGUUCAGGGGCACCCAACGAGGAUAUAUUUCAAAACCACUUAACAUAGCAUUGUUGAACGUAUUUUAGUCUUCAAACGAUAGAUACAGGCAUAUUUUUAUCCCCUAAAAACUUUUCAUCUGUUCGGAUUUCCUCGCUGAAAGUCUAGUGAUCCGAAAAUGAUAGGGAUAAAAACUUGCCUUCUCGAAAAUUUCAGCUAGGAAAAGGCUUCCGAAAAUUCUAGGUGGCCUUUUUUAGGGUCAAAAUCCUCUAAAAAUGGGUAAUUAUACCAUUUUGUAGAUGUUCGAAGCAAGAUGCUCCGAAAAUUCUAGAUCUCAAAUCGUCUUCCGAACAGAUAUUUUCCCGAAAAUUACCGUUGGGUGCUCCUGAAAGUAAAAUAACGUCAAAACCGUUUAAGCUUUGACCGCCAGUCAAGGCGAAUUUUCCUAAAACUUAUAUCAGAACAUUGUAAAGUGGUCGUAACGUUAACAUUAGGGAGCUUAAGAAACUACGACGACGACCACAACGACGACUUCAAAAAACAUAAUAGUUUCAGUGAUCAAAACAACAGCUCUGCAUGUGCAUCACGCUCUUUAGUACAUUUCUUUAACGUCCACUGCACGACUACGACGUGAAACCUCCUAAUAUGACGUUUUAUGCAAUGGGGGACUUGGACAUACGACGACGAAUUUUCCUUCCUCUUUUUGAUCCCUGAAUAAUAUCCUUAAGAAUUCAACUCCGGGAAAAGUCGCCUGCAUUUGACAUAUUAAGCGGGUCCAAAUAGAUGCGAUUAAGUUUGAAAGAACGCAAAUUCAUUUUUUAGCAACGUUUUCACUGCCGUCGUCGUCGUCGUCGUCGUCGUCGCUUAACGUCCCUAUUAACGUUCUCCACUUACCGUGGCAACCUAAUUUUAACAACCAUGUUUUUCAAAAUUUGCAUUUUUCUUAUGGGGCGUUUUAUUCUCAUUUUUCAUUAAUUAAAUAUUGUUAUUAUAGUACACUUAAUUUAUCAUUAUUCAAUCAAAUUUAUUAUAACUGUUAAUGUGAUCCAGACAUUUUAAGACCCUUAUUUGAAGGGGGAAAAAAAAGGAAAAGUUAAAAAAAAAUUAAAAAAUGAUCAAAUGGCAGAUGAUGGGUACAAUUUUCAAAAGUUUUCAUUUCUCUGGGAACUUUUUUUUUUUUACACAAAUAAUUAGCUUCUUAAGCAUCCUUUUAUACACAAAUUGAAUUUUACAUCACGAUUACCUUGAUUUAUACGAGUUUUAAGUAAGAAUUGACUAUAUUUCAAUAACAAUAUAACUUCUUCUUUAAAUGUUGUUCUAGAUUUGACUACCUGACAAUAAAAAACGAGAACAAUCAGAACUUUGGAAGAUACACUGGUGGACAGUCUGGACAAAUUGUUGACGUCACUGGACGUUAUGCCGUGUUCUCUUUUCAUUCUGACGGAAGUGUGGGAUACAGAGGGUUUCUGCUGAGAUUCUUUUUUUACAGUUAGUGCAUUUACAGCGCCUUUCUUCAAUUAUUAGCUCAACCAUUUAUAUGCAUUUUGUUUGUGUUGUUUGCUUAAAUGGAAUAAUAUUUAAAGCUAAAAGUAAAAUAAAAUAUAAUAUAACAUUAUUAUGCAUAGUUAUAGCUGACUUCGCUUUUUUCAUUCUAGAAACUGUUUAAGAUAAAUCGAAACUAGUGCAAAUAACAUCUAUAUCAAAAUAGAGUAGAUAAAACCUGGUUUAGAAAAAAACGGGUGUCAUACAAGAAGGAACUGUUUUGUCUUCAAUUGUGUUCAAUUUAUAUGAUUUUUAUGAAGGGCUGGAAGAGUGCAUGCUUGUGAUAAGUUUAAAUGUUCAUAUAUAUAUAUAUAUAUAUAUAUAUAUAUAUAUAUAUAUAUUCUCCAAAAGGCCAAUAGAAAUCACGUGACCAGUAACCAUGGAAGCAAUCAAGCCAUAACUUAUCAUAAUUAAACACAUUAUUUCUUGUUGACAUUUUUGCGAGAAAUAUCUUAUAGAGAAAGAAAGUUAUAGCCUCAAGAGUUCAGCAAUUUCUGUACUCAUCCGAAAUAUGUCCCCACCAAAUACAAAUGUAGGUUCUUUGAAUCUGGCCAUUAGCGUUUCACAAAACCACCAUGCUGUAGACCUAUGGACGCACUGGGAGAAGACAAACAAAGACCUCACAUCAUAUAAAAUGAUAAUUCCCUUUGUAUUCUAUUUCUCAUUGCGUCUUUUGCUCUUCGGAUGGCGUUUCUGUUUUUUUUAUUAUUACUAUUAUUAUUUUAUUUUUUUUUUUUUACACCCAGGGCCCGUCAGCUAAUGAAAAUAAGCAUGAAAGUAACUUUCAGCACAAGAGGAUUCAGAUCAAAUUAUUAGCAAUUAUUGGAGGUGGUUGAGCAAAAUAAUUGAUCUGCGAGACACUGACAAGUCACGAUAUUUUGCGAUAACCGAGUUCAAUAAUUGUUUUAUCAUUCGAUCACCGAGUUUGUGUUUUUAAUGAAUAUCCUCGGUAAGCGAAGCUAUCUGCCAUUUCCACGCAAGAGCGAUCGCAAGAAGGAGAAAAGCAUGGUUUCCUUUACGCAUGUGCAGAAGAGAUUAUUUGCAGCCAAACACAGUUGGACGGCAUUGCACAUGAGCACACCAUUAUUUGUAGGCAGUUAUUUGCAGGUCACGUGGUGGGCUCUCGCCCAAUGAAAAGGAAGAAACAUUUGCAUCGAAUGAUAAUUAAAAAUGUUGCCUCAAUCGUUGAUGUUUCUAUUGAAGAUAGCGACAUCUCCAUAUCCCACAGAAUGAAAUUAAAGUGAAAAUGCGUUCCUCUCAUAAUUGUUAAGUUUACUUGUCGUUGUGUCAGGGAUGCUCUUUACAAAGCAAAGUCGAGGUUAAGGAAUUUGACAAUCGAAGACAUUGGCUAAUGGGCAGCCAAGGUGAUAACAAGAUUUUUAUUCACGAAAGUCUUACUCCAGCAAGAACGGAGCUAUUUUACAAAUAUAAUGAGUUAAAGAAGAAAUGCAAACUUCGAUAUAUCUGGUCUUUCUAUGGGAACAUUUUUCUUCGUAAGAAUGAUACCAGCGCCCCAUUUAAAGUCUGUGCCGAGAAAGAUCAGGCAAAAUGGUCACUAAUGAUAUUCUCAUCCAAUUGUAUUACUCCUUAGCGUACCCUUUCCUAACUUAUGGCUUAAUUGUCUGAGGUAAUACUUAUGGUACAACUCUAAAACCUGUUGUGGGCAGUGCCAAUAAUUACAUAUUCUCGUCGUGAUGUUCAUUCUAGUCCACUGUUUUCACAGCUAGGUUUAAUGAAGCUUAAGGAUCUUGUGACUAUUCAUACUGCCCUUUUUAUGUUUCAAUUCCAUCACAAUCUACUACCUAAGGCUUUUAACAACUUAUUUUUACUUGUAUCAUCUAAGCAUGGGUAUAGUACUAGGCUAGCGUCAAAGUCAACUUAUUAUAUUGAUCAGGUCAGAACUAAUCACAUAAAUUUAAUAUUCACUUCUCUGGUCCUUCUGUUUGGAAUAAUCUGGAUGGAAAUUUAAAAAGCAGUUCUUUGACACUAUUGAAGCAAACGAGAAGGCAGAUAUUUUAUCAACUUACUCUUGAUGCUGGCCAGUGUGGAAUAACGUACCCUUAUUAAUGUAAACUUAAUAAUUCUCUGGUACCGAUUUUGUUUGCGCUUUUGUUUGUUUUUCUUUUAUGUUGUUCUAUUUUAUCUUAAUUAAAUUAAUUAAUUAACUUAUUUUUAUCACACUUUUUUUUUAUCACACUAUCUCCUAAAUUUAUGAUAUUCAUCCUUUUUAUUAUCGUGUGUUGCAGCCCUAUAAAUUUUUGCCAUUCUGAGUAGUUUUUUGCUUCAUCUAUUUUAAUUUAUGUUUUUCUUGUAAAUUUUUUAUUAAGGUUGAAAAAAUAAAAUGGUUAGUUGUUGUUAUUGUUGUUGUUGUUGUUGUUAUUAUUGUUGUAUUGCAUUAACCCCUGAUCAUUUUUUUUUCUGCUUUCCCACAGGAAAUGCCACAAACCCACCGCCAACUACAUAUUAUCCACCGCUGACAACCCAGAACCCGUCAGGUAAUGAAAAUAAGCAUGAAAAUAACUAAUGCGGCCCUACAUUGAAAGCAGUUACUUGACUUUCAAAACUAAGCAUCCCUUUUUAGAAACAAUAGUGUUCGUUUUUAUUGAGAUAAUAUUAACUGAUUUGUAGAAUCCACUCACAAGUCGUUGUCUGUCAUCCGUGUUUUAAAUAACAGGGUGUGGAGCUGCUGUAAACAACACCCUCAAAAGUCCAGGAUAUCCCAGCAGAUAUCCAAAUAACAUGGAUUGCGUCUAUCGAGUACAAAUUCCUCACGGAAUGGCAAUGAGAAUCAACUUCAGUUAUUUUGACCUGGAAUCUGGGUAAGGACUUGUUUUACAGAAAUUAAUAACGACCUUUUUGACACCGGAAAUCUUCAUCAAUAUCAGUUAGGAAACUAACAAGCUUAAAGCUAUUCAGACUAGGGGGAGUACUGGUUUUAUAGGGCCCUCAAAACUUUAAAGUUGAAUAACUUCAAAACCGUUUAAGCUUAUAUGAGAACAUUAUAAAGUCAUCGUAACGUUAACAUUAGGGAGCUUAAGCAACUACGACGACGACCAUAACGACGACUUCAAAAAAGGCAAUAGGUUUAAUGAUCAAAACAUCAGCUCUGCACGUGCAUCACGCUUUUUAGUACAUUUCUUUGACGUCCACUGCACGACUUCGACGUGAAACCUCCUAAUUUGACGUUUUAUGCAAUGGGGGACUUGGACAUACGACGACGAAUUUUCCUUCCUCUUUUUGAUCCCUGAAUAAAAUCCUUAAGAAUUCAACUCCGGGAAAAGUCGCCUGCAUUUGACAUAUUAAGCGGGUCCAAAUAGAUGCGAUUAAGUUCGAAAGAACGCAAAUUCAUUUUUUAGCAACGUUUUCACUACCGUCGUCGUCGUCGUCGUCGUCGUCGCUUAAUGUCCCUAUUAACGUUCUCCACUUACCGUGGCAACCUAAUGUUUUUCAAAAUUUGCAUUUUUCUUAUGAGGCGUUUUAUUCCCAUUUUUCAUUAAUUAAAUAUUGUUAUUAUAGUACACUUAAUUUAUCAUUAUUCAAUCAAAUUUAUUAUAACUGUUAAUGUGAUCCAGACAUUUUAAGGUCCUUAUUUGAGGGGGGGGGGAAAGGAAAAAUUUAAAAAAAUUAAAAAAUGAUCAAAUGGCAGAUGAUGGGUACAAUUUUCAAAAGUUUUCAUUUCUCUGGGAACUUUUUUUUUUUUACACAAAUAAUUAGCUUCUUAAGCAUCCUUUUAUACACAAAUUGAAUUUUACAUCACGAUUACCUAGAUUUAUACGAGUUUUAAGUAAGAAUUGACUAUAUUUCAAUAACAAUAUAACUUCUUCUUUAAAUGUUGUUCUAGAUUUGACUACCUGACAAUAAAAAACGAGAACAAUCAGAGCUUUGGAAGAUACACUGGUGGACAGUCUGGACAAAUUGUUGACGUCACUGGACGUUAUGCCGUGUUGUCUUUUCAUUCUGACGGAAGUGUGGGAUACAGAGGGUUUCUGCUGAGAUUCCUUUUUUACAGUGAGUGCAUUUACAACACCUUUCUUCAAUUAUUAGUUCAACCAUUUAUAUGCAUUUUGUUUGUGUUGUUUGCUUAAACGGAAUAAUAUGUAAAGCUAAAAGUAAAAUAAAAUAUAAUAUAACAUUAUUAUACAUAGUUAUAGAUGACUUCGCUUUUUUCAUUCUAGAAAGUAUUUAAGAUAAGUCGGAACUAGUGCAAAUAACAUCUAUAUCAAAAUAGAGUAGAUAAAACCUGGUCUAGAAAAAAACGGGUGUCAUACAGAAAGGCACUGUUUUGUCUUCAAUUGUGUUCAAUUUAUAUGAUUUUUAUGAAGGGCUGGAAGAGUGCAUGCUUGUGAUAAGUUUAAAUGUUCAUAUAUAUAUAUAUAUAUAUAUAUAUUCUCUAAAAGGCCAAUAGAAAUCACGUGACCAGUAACCAUGGAAGCAAUCAAGCCAUAACUUAUCAUAAUUAAACACAUUAUUUCUUGUUGACAUUUUUGCGAGAAAUAUCUUAUAGGGAAAGAAAGUUAUAGCCUCAAGAGUUCAGCAAUUUCUGUACUCAUCCGAAAUACGUCCCCACCAAAUACAAAUCUAGGUUCUUUGAAUCUGGCCAUUAGCGUUUCACAAAACCACCAUGCUGUAGACCUAUGGACGCACUGGGAGAAGACAAACAAAGACCUCACAUCAUAUAAAAUGAUAAUUCCCUUUGUAUUCUAUUUCCCAUUGCGUCUUUUGCUCUUCGGAUGGCGUUUCUGUUUUUUUUAUUAUUACUAUUAUUAUUUUAUUUUUUUUUUUUUACACCCAGGGCCCGUCAGCUAAUGAAAAUAAGCAUGAAAGUAACUUUCAGCACAAGAGGAUUCAGAUCAAAUUAUUAGCAAUUAUUGGAGGUGGUUGAGCAAAAUAAUUGAUCUGCGAGACACUGACAAGUCACGAUAUUUUGCGAUAACCGAGUUCAAUAAUUGUUUUAUCAUUCGAUCACCGAGUUUGUGUUUUUAAUGAAUAUCCUCGGUAAGCGAAGCUAUCUGCCAUUUUCACGCAAGAGCGAUCGCAAGAAGGAGAAAAGCAUGGUUUCCUUUACGCAUGUGCAGAAGAGAUUAUUUGCAGCCAAACACAGUUGGACGGCAUUGCACAUGAGCACACCAUUAUUUGUAGGCAGUUAUUUGCAGGUCACGUGGUGGGCUCUCGCCCAAUGAAAAGGAAGAAACAUUUGCAUCGAAUGAUAAUUAAAAAUGUUGCCUCAAUCGUUGAUGUUUCUAUUGAAGAUAGCGACAUCUCCAUAUCCCACAGAAUGAAAUUAAAGUGAAAAUGCGUUUCCUCCCAUAAUUGUCAAGUUUACUUGUCGUUGUGUCAGGGAUGCUCUUUACAAAGCAAAGUCGAGGUUAAGGAAUUUGACAAUCGAAGACAUUGGCUAAUGGGCAGCCAAGGUGAUAACAAGAUUUUUAUUCACGAAAGUCUUACUCCAGCAAGAACGGAGCUAUUUUACAAAUAUAAUGAGUUAAAGAAGAAAUGCAAACUUCGAUAUAUCUGGUCUUUCUAUGGGAACAUUUGUCUUCGUAAGAAUAAUACCAGCGCCCCAUUUAAAGUCUGUGCCGAGAAAGAUCAGGCAAAAUGGUCACUAAUGAUAUUCUCAUCCAAUUGUAUUACUCCUUAGCGUACCCAUUCCUAACUUAUGGCUUAAUUGUCUGAGGUAAUACUUAUGGUACAACUCUAAAACCUGUUGUAGGCAGUGCCAAUAAUUACAUAUUCUCAUCGUGAUGCUCAUUCUAGUCCACUGUUUUCACAGCUAGGUUUAAUGAAGCUUAAGGAUCUUGUGACUAUUCAUGCUGCCCUUUUUAUGUUUCAAUUCCAUCACAAUCUACUACCUAAGGCUUUUAACAACUUAUUUUUACUUGUAUCAUCUAAGCAUGGGUAUAGUACUAGGCUAGCGUCAAAGUCAACUUAUUAUAUUGAUCAGGUCAGAACUAAUCACAUAAAUUUAAUAUUCACUUCUCUGGUCCUUCUGUUUGGAAUAAUCUGGAUGGAAAUUUAAAAAGCAGUUCUUUGACACUAUUGAAGCAAACGAGAAGGCAGAUAUUUUAUCAACUUACUCUUGAUGCUGGCCAGUGUGGAAUAACGUACCCUUAUUAAUGUAAACUUAAUAAUUCUCUGGUACCGAUUUUGUUUGCGCUUUUGUUUGUUUUUCUUUUAUGUUGUUCUAUUUUAUCUUAAUUAAAUUAAUUAAUUAAUUAAUUAACUUAUUUUUAUCACACUUUUUUUUUUAUCACACUAUCUCCUAAAUUUAUGAUAUUCAUCCUUUUUAUUAUCGUGUGUUGCAGCCCUAUAAAUUUUUGCCAUUCUGAGUAGUUUUUUGCUUCAUCUAUUUUAAUUUAUGUUUUUCUUGUAAAUUUUUUAUUAAGGUUGAAAAAAUAAAAUGGUUAGUUGUUGUUGUUGUUGUUGUUGUUGUUGUUAUUAUUGUUGUAUUGCAUUAACCCCUGAUCAUUUUCUUUUCUGCUAUCCCACAGGAAAUGCCACAAACCCACCGCCAACUACAUAUCAUCCACCGCUGACAACCCAGAACCCGUCAGGUAAUGAAAAUAAGCAUGAAAAUAACUAAUGCGGCCCUACAUUGAGAGCAGUUACUUGACUUUCAAAACUAAGCAUCCUUUUUUAGAAACAAUAGUGUUCGUUUUUAUUGAGAUAAUAUUAACUGAUUUGUAGAAUCCACUCACAAGUCGUUGUCUGUCAUCCGUGUUUUAAAUAACAGGGUGUGGAGCUGCUGUAAACAACACCCUCAAAAGUCCAGGAUAUCCCAGCAGAUAUCCAAAUAACAUGGAUUGCGUCUAUCGAGUACAAAUUCCUCACGGAAUGGCAAUGAGAAUCAACUUCAGUUAUUUUCUCCUGGAAUCUGGGUAAGGACUUGUUUUACAGAAAUUAAUAACCAGCUUUUUGCCACCGGAAAUCUUAAUCUGUAAGACUAUAAUGUUAUUAUAGUUUUCUUACAAGCCAGGUAGGUAUACCUUAGUCGAUUCUGGAGAUCGGUAAUCGAUUAGGAAACUAACAAGCUUAAAGCUGUUCAGACUAGGGGGAGUACUGGUUUUAUAGGGCCCUCAAAACUUUAAAGUUGAAUAACUUCAAAACCGUUUAAGCUUUGACCGCCAGUCAUGGCGUAUUUUCCUAAAACUAAAAUGAGAACAUUGUAAAGUCGUCGUAACCUUAACAUUAGAGAGCUUAAGAAACUACGACGACGACCACAACGACGACUUCAAAAAACACAAAUAGCUUUAAUGAUCAAAACAACAGCUCUGCAGGUGCAUCACGCUUUUUAGUACAUUUCUUUAACGUCCACUGCACGACUACGACGUGAAACCUCCUAAUUUGACGUUUUAUGCAAUGGGGGACUUGGACAUAUACGACGACGAAUUUUCCUUCCUCUUUUUGAUCCCUGAAUAAAAUCCUUAAGAAUUCAACUCCGGGAAAAGUCGCCUGCAUUUGACAUAUUAAGCGGGUCCAAAUAGAUGCGAUUAAGUUUGAAAGAACGCAAAUUCAUUUUUUAGCAACGUUUUCACUACCGUCGUCGUCGUCGUCGCUUAACGUCCCUAUUAACGUUCUCCACUUACCGUGGCAACCUAAUUUUAACAACCACGUUUUUCAAAAUUUGCAUUUUUCUUAUGAGGCGUUUUAUUCCCAUUUUUCAUUGAUUAAAUAUUGUUAUUAUAGUACACUUAAUUUAUCAUUAUUCAAUCAAAUUUAUUAUAACUGUUAAUGUAAUCCAGACAUUUUAAGGCCCUUAUUUGAGGGGAAAAAAAGGAAAAAUUUAAAAAAAUUAAAAAAUCAUCAAAUGGCAGAUGAUGGGUACAAUUUUCAAAAGUUUUCAUUUCUCUGGGAUUUUUUUUUUUUUUUUUACAAAUAAUUAGCUUCUUAAGCAUUCUUUUAUACACAAAUUGAAUUUUACAUCACGAUUACCUAGAUUUAUACGAGUUUUAAGUAAGAAUUGACUAUAUUUCAAUAACAAAAUACCUUCUUCUUUAAAUGUUGUUCUAGAUUUGACUACCUGACAAUAAAAAACGAGAACAAUCAGAGCUUUGGAAGAUACACUGGUGGACAGUCUGGACAAAUUGUUGACGUCACUGGACGUUAUGCCGUGCUGUCUUUUCAUUCUGACGGAAGUGUGGGAUACAGAGGGUUUCUGCUGAGAUUCCUUUUUUACAGUAAGUGCAUUUACAACGCCUUUCUUCAAUUAUUAGUUCAACCAUUUAUAUGCAUUUUGUUUGUGUUGUUUGCUUAAAACGUAUAAUAUUUAAAGCUAAAAGUAAAAUAAAAUAAAAUAUAACAUUAUUAUGCAUAGUUAAAGCUGACUUCGCAUUUUUCACUCUAGAAAGUAUUUAAGACAAGUCUGAACUAGUGCAAAUAACAUCUAUAUCAAAAUAGAGUAGAUAAAACCUGGUCUAAAAAAAAAAAAACGGGUGUCAUACACAAAGGAAAUGUUAAUUGGUCUUCAAUUGUGUUCAAUUUAUGUGAUUUUUUAUGAAGGGCUGGAAUAGUGCAUGCUUGUGACAAGUCUAUAUGUAUAUAUAAAUAUACCUGGAGUUAUAAAAAUCGGGUUAGCAAACAUUUUGUAAUUUUUCUCAACUUCCCCUAUCCAAUAGCUUGUUUAAUGUGUUGUUUCCUUAUGUCGUUUUUUCUUUCUUUCUUUUUUUUUUUUUUUUUUUUUGCUUGUUGCUUGUUUUCUGGUGAGGGAUUUGUGUAGAAGUGAAUGUGUAGAAAGAAUUACUAUCUUACACCCCCCUCCCUAUUUUUUUCCUUACCCACAAUUCUUUGUUUAACACAACUGACAGUUAUUUGAAAUCAGUGCGCGCCUAAAGCUGGUUUCGGUGCCGUUUAGCAGUUAGUUUUAGAUAUUGGUCACCUUGAGUAAAGUUUCCCGGAGAGCAUCAAGUAACGCUCUGAGAUGGGACAAAGUUAUUUCGAUUCGCAGAGUCUGCAUCGUCCAAUAUCGUAUUUCAGUAAAAUCCAGCUAGUGGUCUAUUAUCAAUGCUGCGUUCUGAUUGGUUGAGCUACUACUAGGCUAUAUGUUAUAGCCCCCUAGUAGCGAAAAGCGUCUUUUGCUCUUCAGAUGGUUUUUUCUUUUUUUUUUUUUUUUUUUUUUACACCUGGAUGUCUAGCUGCAAAGGGUCUACUCCACUGGCCACAACAACGAUAAAAAACAAAAACAAAAAAAACAAAAAAAACAUACACACAGGUAGGGUGCAUGCAUCUGCCACUGUUCGUUUUUUUUUUUUUCUGCUAUUCCACAGGAAAUGCCACAAACCCACCGCCAACUACAUAUUAUCCACCGCUGACAACUCAGAACCCGUCAGGUAAUGAAAAUAAGCAUGAAAAUAACUAAUGCAGGACUUACGUUGAUAAUAGUUUUCCUAUAACUGAGGCAGUUAUCCUCUUCUUCUUACAUUUAUCAUCAUCAGUCAUCUUAAUUAUUUUUGUUAUUAUUAUUAUUAUUAUUAUUAUUAUUAUUGGUAAGUUUUAGAAAUUUUCAGGUUAAUCAGUGAGAUCGUCUUUAUGAGACGUUACGUCUUAUUAUUAUUAUUUUUUGUUUCGGUCCAGCCCUAAUUGCACAAAAAAAAAUGAUUUUCCUGUCUUCAUGUACCUAGGGCAACUAAACGGUCCUUCAUCCAUUUAUCCCAACUCGCACUGCUUCACCCACACUUAGAUUUAAGAAAAGUGAAGCUGCCUUGUAAACAUUGGCCUAGAAAAUGCCAGCGAUAUACAGAUGCAGCAACGGAUAAGGCCUAACGAGGCCUUCCCAAUUAUACCUAGUCACAAUAAGCACCAUAGACUGUGUUUAAGGCUGCUAUACAUAUAUAAACUGGAUUAGCCAGUGGGUAGCUAAAAGUGUCAACCCUAGAAUUAAAAUUUAAGAAAGGGAAAUUAAAGCUGAUGUCACAUUUUGUUUGCAUUUAAUGUCCUCCUCUGUCUGUGUUUAAUCCAAACUAUUCGGCCUUUUGAAAACUCAUGCAUCAAGAUAAAAAGAAGCUUGGGGUAGCACUUCGCUUUCAAUAUGGAACCUCUAUUAUAACUUUAUUUGGGCCCAGUCCUCACGUAUCCAGGUACUUUCUAUACCAAAUUACCCCCACCCCCACCCCCCGUUUCCCCCCCUCCCCCCCCAAAAAAUACGGCUCUACAGAUAGCCUAUCCGAAUCAUUGUCGCUCACUAAAACGAUGGAAAUGCGAUAGCAUCACUCACGGAGCAUGCACAGCGUUAGUAGUAUAUGAUGUAUGACAUCAUCGCGUGUUUAAAAACUUCCUUUUUCGUCCGUCCACAGUCAAUAUUUUUCUUUUCCUGUCUGAUAGGGUGUGGUGGUGUUGUUAACAACGUCCUCAAGAGUCCUAGAUAUCCCCUGAACUACCCAAACAACAUGGAUUGUAACUACUGGGUGCUUAUUCCACUCGGUUAUGUGCUGAACAUUUCCUUUAGCUCUUUUGUGCUGGAAAAUUCAUGGACCUGCAGGUAAAGACUAGUAUAAUUUGAAGUAUCGCCAUCAACAUUAGAAGAGACAGAAAAUAUUUUUAUGAUGAUAACCUGAUUUGUUGCAAGACAGGCUCGCACAACUUCGCUUUUCAACAGCCAUUUGCAAGAUGGCAUCAAUUUAAUACUACUACUAAUAAAACUCAUUUCGUUUUCCCUUUUAUAUUCAGUUGUGGUUAUUCCAAAGAGGCCUAUUUAACUCGUUUUGCAGCAAUGUUACAAAAUUUGUUGCUCGUUCUUGUUGCACGUUUUACCCUGGCUUUUAGCCUGCAGUGCAGGCGUUUUUUUCGGGCGCGCGAAUUUUUUUUGCUCGUGAAAGUGCCAUGUUGAAACUUCUCUCCCAAUCCUCCUCUGUCAUAAAAUCAAAGAUGGCGGCUACAACAAUACGAACAUGAACAAGCUUUCCUCCACCCAAAAUACGCGUGCACUGAGGUUACCUAUAGCUUUACGCGCUUAAUUUCACAUUAUAUCAGAUGGCUUUUGCGUGGGCACGAAAACCACAUUGGAUGGGGCUUCUGUUCAAAUAACAAUAAGAACGGUGAUUUCAGGGCGAUUUCUACACCGGAACAAAGCUGCGCCGCACUGAUCUCUGAAGUGGAGAGCAACAUAGCGGAAAGGUGUUCACUAUAUACAGCAUAUAGCUUUUCGUGACGGCACAAUAACCUAUCCGCUCUAGCGUGUACUUGUAUAUAGCCUCGGAUUUAAAACUGAUAACAGUCAAAAUAUAAAAUAUAUCAAGAAAUAGAUCUUUACAACAAUUAAAUAAAAAUGAACAGAAAACAACAAUGAAACAAGCAAAACAAACAACAACAACAACAACAACAAAUAUAACUAAACAAAUCAAUAAAAUUUUCAGUGCUUGUAAAUAAAGGCGCUUGGAGCCACCACCAUUCGAGAUUACUAGCUCCUAUUUGUAGUUGAUCGACACCAAACUUAAAAUUAAUGUUUUCUUUCGAAUGGUAUACAAAAAAAAAAAAACAAAAAAAAAAAACAAAAUUAGAUAAAGUUACUUUGUUUAUAUGUUUCGUUGCAAGCAUUCUUUCCUGCUUUCGCCUUUUCCGAAAAGACGACGACUGUUUUGAUUAUUUUUUUGCAGAUAUGACUACUUAAAGAUUACUAAUGAGCACAAUCAGACCGUUGCAAAGUACUGCGGAGUAAAAACUGGACGAAAUGUUUACGUCACUGGGCGCUUUGCUGUGAUAUCUUUUCACUCCGACGGAAGUGGUGCAUUUAGUGGAUAUCUGCUAAAUUUUUCAUAUAUCAGUGGGUAUAUUUUUUUAACGUUUACCUACUUUUAACCCGAAGUAAAGAGUAUUUUUAACGGUUUUGGAGCCUAAACGCGUAUACACUAUGGACUGGUAUGGAGUACAUAGUGUUGCUAACUCAAGACACUAUGACAGGACAUUUAUUUUUGGAGGUUGCUGUUCUGCUAGAGUAAAAUAGCUAUCAAUAAUCCACGGAUGUUAUUUUUUCUUGAGAAUUUUCUAAGAGACAAAAUAUGCCUCCUUUUGGUAUACGUUAGACUCUCUCUCGCCCAAUGAAAAGGAAGAAGCAUUUGCAUCGAAUGAUAAUUAAAAAUGUUGCCUCAAUCGUUGAUGUUUCUAUUGAAGAUAGCGACAUCUCCAUAUCCCACAGAAUGAAAUUAAAGUGAAAAUGCGUUUCCUCCCAUAAUUGUCAAGUUUACUUGUCGUUGUGUCAGGGAUGCUCUUUACAAAGCAAAGUCGAGGUUAAGGAAUUUGACAAUCGAAGACAUUGGCUAAUGGGCAGCCAAGGUGAUAACAAGAUUUUUAUUCACGAAAGUCUUACUCCAGCAAGAACGGAGCUAUUUUACAAAUAUAAUGAGUUAAAGAAGAAAUGCAAACUUCGAUAUAUCUGGUCUUUCUAUGGGAACAUUUGUCUUCGUAAGAAUAAUACCAGCGCCCCAUUUAAAGUCUGUGCCGAGAAAGAUCAGGCAAAAUGGUCACUAAUGAUAUUCUCAUCCAAUUGUAUUACUCCUUAGCGUACCCAUUCCUAACUUAUGGCUUAAUUGUCUGAGGUAAUACUUAUGGUACAACUCUAAAACCUGUUGUAGGCAGUGCCAAUAAUUACAUAUUCUCAUCGUGAUGCUCAUUCUAGUCCACUGUUUUCACAGCUAGGUUUAAUGAAGCUUAAGGAUCUUGUGACUAUUCAUACUGCCCUUUUUAUGUUUCAAUUCCAUCACAAUCUACUACCUAAGGCUUUUAACAACUUAUUUUUACUUGUAUCAUCUAAGCAUGGGUAUAGUACUAGGCUAGCGUCAAAGUCAACUUAUUAUAUUGAUCAGGUCAGAACUAAUCACAUAAAUUUAAUAUUCACUUCUCUGGUCCUUCUGUUCGGAAUAAUCUGGAUGGAAAUUUAAAAAGCAGUUCUUUGACACUAUUGAAGCAAACGAGAAGGCAGAUAUUUUAUCAACUUACUCUUGAUGCUGGCCAGUGUGGAAUAACGUACCCUUAUUAAUGUAAACUUAAUAAUUCUCUGGUACCGAUUUUGUUUGCGCUUUUGUUUGUUUUUCUUUUAUGUUGUUCUAUUUUAUCUUAAUUAAAUUAAUUAAUUAAUUAAUCAAUUAACUUAUUUUUAUCACACUUUUUUUUUAUCACACUAUCUCCUAAAUUUAUGAUAUUCAUCCUUUUUAUUAUCGUGUGUUGCAGCCCUAUAAAUUUUUGCCAUUCUGAGUAGUUUUUUGCUUCAUCUAUUUUAAUUUAUGUUUUUCUUGUAAAUUUUUUAUUAAGGUUGAAAAAAUAAAAUGGUUAGUUGUUGUUGUUGUUGUUGUUGUUGUUGUUGUUAUUAUUGUUGUAUUGCAUUAACCCCUGAUCAUUUUCUUUUCUGCUAUCCCACAGGAAAUGCCACAAACCCACCGCCAACUACAUAUCAUCCACCGCUGACAACCCAGAACCCGUCAGGUAAUGAAAAUAAGCAUGAAAAUAACUAAUGCGGCCCUACAUUGAGAGCAGUUACUUGACUUUCAAAACUAAGCAUCCUUUUUUAGAAACAAUAGUGUUCGUUUUUAUUGAGAUAAUAUUAACUGAUUUGUAGAAUCCACUCACAAGUCGUUGUCUGUCAUCCGUGUUUUAAAUAACAGGGUGUGGAGCUGCUGUAAACAACACCCUCAAAAGUCCAGGAUAUCCCAGCAGAUAUCCAAAUAACAUGGAUUGCGUCUAUCGGGUACAAAUUCCUCACGGAAUGGCAAUGAGAAUCAACUUCAGUUAUUUUCUCCUGGAAUCUGGGUAAGGACUUGUUUUACAGAAAUUAAUAACCAGCUUUUUGCCACCGGAAAUCUUAAUCUGUAAGGCUAUAAUGUUAUUAUAGUUUUCUUACAAGCCAGGUAGGUAUACCUUAGUCGAUUCUGGAGAUCGGUAAUCGAUUAGGAAACUAACAAGCUUAAAGCUGUUCAGACUAGGGGGAGUACUGGUUUUAAAGGGCCCUCAAAACUUUAAAGUUGAAUAACUUUAAAACCGUUUAAGCUUUGACCGCCAGUCAUGGCGUAUUUUCCUAAAACUAAAAUGAGAACAUUGUAAAGUCGUCGAAACCUUAACAUUAGAGAGCUUAAGAAACUACGACGAUGACCACAACGACGACUUCAAAAAACACAAAUAGCUUUAAUGAUAAAAAAAAAACAGCUCUGCACGUGCAUCACGCUUUUUAGUACAUUUCUUUAACGUCCACUGCACGACUACGACGUGAAACCUCCUAAUUUGACGUUUUAUGCAAUGGGGGACUUGGACAUACGACGACGAAUUUUCCUUCCUCUUUCUGAUCCCUGAAUAAAAUCCUUAAGAAUUCAACUCCGGGAAAAGUCGCCUGCAUUUGACAUAUUAAGCGGGUCCAAAUAGAUGCGAUUAAGUUUGAAAGAACGCAAAUUCAUUUUUUAGCAACGUUUUCACUACCGUCGUCGUCGUCGUCGCUUAACGUCCCUAUUAACGUUCUCCACUUACCGUGGCAACCUAAUUUUAACAACCACGUUUUUCAAAAUUUGCAUUUUUCUUAUGAUUUAUUCCCAUUCUUCAGUGAUUAAAUAUGAUUAUUAUAGUACACUUAAUUUAGCAUUAUUCAAUCAAAUUUAUUAUAACUGUUAUUUUAAGGUCCUUUUAUGAAGGGGGAAAAAAAGGAAAAAUUUAAAAAAUUUAAAAAAUGAUCAAAUGGCAGAUGAUAGGUAAAAUUUUCAAAAUUUUUCAUUUCUCUGUGAAUAUUUUUUUUUCACAAAUAAUUAGCUUCUUAAGCAUUUUUUUAGACACAAAUUGAAUUUUACAUCACGAUUGCCUUGAUUUAUACGAGUUCUAAGGAAAAUUGACUAUUCAAUAACAAUGUAACUUCUUUAAAUGUUGUUCUAGAUAUGACUACCUGAUGAUAAAGAACGAAAACAAUCAGAGCUUUGGAAGAUACACUGGUGGGCAGUCUGGACAAAUUGUUCACGUUACUGGACGUUAUGCCGUGUUGUCUUUUAAAUCUGACGGAAGUGUGGGAUAUAGAGGAUAUCUGCUGAGAUUCUUUUUUUACAGUUAGUGCAUUUACAACGCGUUUCUUCAAUUAUUAGUUCAACCAUUUACAUGCAUUUUGUUUGUGUUAUUUGCUUAAAAGGUAUAAUUUUUAAAGGUAAAACUAAAAUAAAAUAUAAUAUAACAUUAUUAUGCAUAGUUAAAACUGACUUCGCAUUUUUCACUCAAGAAACUGUGUAAGACACGUCUGAACUAGUGCCAAUAACAUCUAUAUCAAAAUAGAGUUGAUAAAACCUGGUCUAAAAAAAAAAAACGGGUGUCAUACACAAAGGAAAUGUUAAUUGGUCUUCAAUUGUGUUCAAUUUAUAUGAUUUUUUAUGAAGGGCUGGAAUAGUGCAUGCUUGUCUAUAGUCUAUAUGUAUAUAUAAAUAUACCUGGAGUUAUAAAAACCGGGUUAGCAAACAUUUUGUAAUUUUUCUCAACUUCCCCUAUCCAAUAGCUUGUUUAAUGUGUUGUUUCCUUAUGUCGUUUUUUCUUUCUUUCUUUCUUUCUUUUUUUUUUUUGCUUGUUGCUUGUUUUGUGGUGAGAAAUUUGUGUAGAAGUGAAUGUGUUGACAGAAUUACUAUCUUACCCCCCCCCCCCCCCUCUUUUUUUCCUUACCCACAAUUCUUUGAUUAACACAACUGACAGUUAUUUGAAAUCAGUGCGCGCCUAAAGCUGGUUUCGGUGCCGUUUAGCAGUUAGUUUUAGAUAUUGGUCACCUUGAGUAAAGUUUCCCGGAGAGCAUCAAGUAACGCUCUGAGAUGGGACAAAGUUAUUACGAUUCGCAGAGUCUGCAUCGUCCAAUAUCGUAUUUCAGUAAAAUCCAGCUAGUGGUCUAUUAUCAAUGCUGCGUUCUGAUUGGUUGAGCUACUACUAGGUUAUAUGUUAUAGCCCCCUAGAAGCGAAAAGCGUCUUUUGCUCUUCAGAUGGUGUUUUUUUUUUUUUACACCUGGAUGUCUAGCUGCAAAGGGUCUAUUCCACUGGCCACAACAACGAUAAAAAACAAAAACAAAACAAAAAAACAAAAAAACAUACACAAAGGUAGGGUGCAUGCAUCUGCCACUGUUUGUUUUUUUUUCUGCUAUUCUACAGGAAAUGCCACAAACCCACCGCCAACUACAUAUUAUCCACCGCUGACAACUCAGAACCCGUCAGGUAAUGAAAAUAAGCAUGAAAAUAACUAAUGCAGGACUUACGUUGAUAAUAGUUUCCCUAUAACUGAGGCAGUUAUCCUCUUCUUCUUACAUUUAUCAUCAUCAGUCAUCUUAAUUAUUUUUGUUAUCAUUAUUAUUAUUAUUAUUAUUAUUAUUAUUGGUAAGUUUUAGAAAUUUUCAGGUUAAUCAGUGAGAUCGUCUUUAUGAGACCUUAAGUUUUAUUAUUAUUAUUUUUUAUUUCGGUCCAGCCCUAAUUGUACAAAAGCAAAAAUGAUUUUCCUCUCUUCAUGUACCUAGGGCAACUAAACGGUCCUUCAUCCAUUUAUCCCAACUCGCACUGCCUCACCCACACUUAGAUUUAAGGAAAGUCAAGCUGCCUUGUAUACAUUGGCCUUGAAAAUGUCAGCGAUAUACAGAUGUAGCAAUGGAUAAGGGAUAACUAGGCCUCCCCAGUAAUACCUAGUCACAAUAAGCACCAUAGACUGUGUUUAAGGCUGCUAUACAUAUAUACACUGGAUUAACCAGUGGGUAGCUAAAAGUGUCAACCCUAGAAUUAAAAUUUAAGAAAGGGAAAUUAAAGCUGAUGUCACAUUUUGUUUGCAUUUAAUGUCCUCCUAUGUCUGUGUUUAAUCCAAACUAUUCUGCCUUUUGAAAACUCAUGUAUCAAGAUAAAAAGAAGCUUGGGGUAGCACUUCGCUUUCAAUAUGGAACCUCUAUUAUAACUUUAUUUGGGCCCAGUCCUCACGUAUCCAGGUACUUCCUAUACCAAAUUACCCCCCCCCCCCCCCCCCCCCCCCCCCCCCCAAAAAAAAUACGACUCUACAGAUAGCCUAUCCGAAUCAUUUUCGCUCACUAAAACGAUGGAAAUGCGAUAGCAUCACUCACGGAGCAUGCACAGCGUUAGUAGUAUAUGAUGUAUGACAUCAUCGCGUGUUUACAAACUUCCUUUUUCGUCCGUCCACAGUCAAUAUUUUUCUUUUCCUGUCUGAUAGGGUGUGGUGGUGUUGUUAACAACGUCCUCAAGAGUCCUAGAUAUCCCCUGAACUACCCAAACAACAUGGAUUGUAACUACUGGGUGCUUAUUCCACUCGGUUAUGUGCUGAACAUUUCCUUUAGCUCUUUUGUGCUGGAAAAUUCAUGGACCUGCAGGUAAAGACUAGUUUAAUUUGAAGUAUCGCCAUCAACAUUAGAAGAAACAGAAAAUAUUUUUAUGAUGAUAACCUGAUUUGUUGCAAGACAGGCUCGCACAACUUCGCUUUUCAACAGCCAUUUGCAAGAUGGCAUCAAUUUAAUACUACUACUAAUAAAACUCAUUUCGUUUUCCCUUUUAUAUUCAGUUGUGGUUAUUCCAAAGAGGCCUAUUUAACUCGUUUUGCAGCAAUGUUACAAAAUUUGUUGCUCGUUCUCGUUGCGCGUUUUACCCUGGCUUUUAGCCUGCAGUGCAGGCGUUUUUUUCGGGCGCGCGAAUUUUUUUUGCUCGUGAAAGUGCCAUGUUGAAACUUCUCUCCCAAUCCUCCUCUGUCAUAAAAUCAAAGAUGGCGGCUACAACAAUACGAACAUGAACAAGCUUUCCUCCACCCAAAAUACGCGUGCACUGAGGCUACCUAUAGCUUUACGCGCUUAAUUUCACAUUAUAUCAGAUGGCUUUUGCGUGGGCACGAAAACCACAUUGGAUGGGGCUUCUGUUCAAAUAACAAUAAGAACGGUGAUUUCAGGGCGAUUUCUACACCGGAACAAAGCUGCGCCGCACUGAUCUCUGAAGUGGAGAGCAACAUAGCGGAAAGGUGUUCACUAUAUACAGCAUAUAGCUUUUCGUGACGGCACAAUAACCUAUCCGCUCUAGCGUGUACUUGUAUAUAGCCUCGGAUUUAAAACUGAUAAUAGUCAAAAUAUAAAAUAUAUCAAGAAAUAGAUCUUUACAACAAUUAAAUAAAAAUGAACAGAAAACAACAAUAAAACAAGCAAAACAAACAACAACAACAACAACAAAUAUAACUAAACAAAUCAAUAAAAUUUUCAGUGCUUGUAAAUAAAGGCGCUUGGAGCCACCACCAUUCGAGAUUACUAGCUCCUAUUUGUAGUUGAUCGACACCAAACUUAAAAUUAAUGUUUUCUUCCGAAUGGUAUACAAAAAAAAAAAAAAAAAAAAAAAAAAACAAAAUUAGAUAAAGUUACUUUGUUUAUAUGUUUCGUUGCAAGCAUUCUUUCCUGCUUUCGCCUUUUCCGAAAAGACGACGACUGUUUUGAUUAUUUUUUUGCAGAUAUGACUACUUAAAGAUUACUAAUGAGCACAAUCAGACCGUUGCAAAGUACUGCGGAGUAAAAACUGGACGAAAUGUUUACGUCACUGGGCGCUUUGCUGUGAUAUCUUUUCACUCCGACGGAAGUGGUGCAUUUAGUGGAUAUCUGCUAAAUUUUUCAUAUAUCAGUGGGUAUAUUUUUUUAACGUUUACCUACUUUUAACCCGAAGUAAAGAGUAUUUUUAACGGUUUUGGAGCCUAAACGCGUAUACACUAUGGACUGGUAUGGAGUACAUAGUGUUGCUAACUCAAGACACUAUGACAGGACAUUUAUUUUUGGAGGUUGCUGUUCUGCUAGAGUAAAAUAGCUAUCAAUAAUCCACGGAUGUUAUUUUUUCUUGAGAAUUUUCUAAGAGACAAAAUAUGCCUCCUUUUGGUAUACGUUAGACUAUCUCACAUUUCGCCACGCCCAAAACAACCUAUACCGGUCUCUGAAGUAUAAAAAGCUCCGAAGGAAGAUCAGAAACAUUUUGCAACUUGGCGGGAAAAGUCACAUAUUACAUGAACCUUCAGAUUAUUCAACCACAACGUUCAAGCCUUUAAAUGCUGAAAAAGGUAUUGAUAUUUUUUCGUCCAGUAUAAGCGUGGGCUUUCAGAGAUCAUGGCAAUGAAUUAAUUAAGAUGUAUCCUUCCCCUUUGAACUUGUGUGAACUUCAGCAUCUUCAGCAUAUAAAGCAGCGUAACAGUAUUAACGGACUUUGGUUAUUCCACUUUGGUUAUUUAUUUAAACGUUAAAAAGGGUCGAUCAAAGUACUGACCCAGAAGAGAAGAGUAGCGUGAGCAGUCACGUCGAAUGCAAGAAAAAGAAAGCACAUAUAACCCUUUCCCGUUUGUCCAUAGCCAAUUUCCAUGAAUCGACUGUUCUGAUCAAUGCAGUUGUAGCUAGAAGAAGAUUCUUUGACGAAGGCAAACUGGUGCUGUUGAAUUAGAUCUGCUUCUUUGGAGUGAUAAGCUUGUAGCUCUUGGGUUUUCGAGAUGCAGGACAGGACUGACAUAGGUUUAUAGUUGUCGCUCUCUGAUCUCUUGUCACCCUUAUACCCUUGAGUUACUUUCGCGGUUUUCCAAGAGGUGGGAUAUAUUCCUUGAUUGACAGACUCAUUGAUAAAAAUGAGUGACGACCUGGCUGAUGUGGGGUGCAGCGAUCUUCAAUGCUAUUGGGGGAAUUCCGUCAGAACCAGUAGCUUUAGACGCGUCGAUUGUGUAUCAAGUUAUGAACGUCCCGGUGGUGUAAGUUGUAGCACAUUGAGCAUGACUGGUUUCCUUCGUUUGAUUGUUACACGGUCUAUCGUACGCCCGUCAAAAUCCCCUUUCACACCACAGCUUAAACACUUAGAGCUUAAAGCUGUUUAGCUAAACACGUUUUAUUUUUAUUUAUUUUUUUUUUAUAAAAGCUGCUUACUGACUUAAGUUGAGUGCAUAUUUAGUGUAAAUUACAAAACAUGAUGAAUUUCAUUUAAGUAAUGGUCCAGAUAAGAAGGAAAGGACCAAAACGCAGUGAACACGUCGGAAUGCAAAAAGGUGCUAACUUUACUAUUGUCUCUACUAAGGUUCUGAUUGGUUUAAACAUCAAAUUUUACGAAAUCUUCGCAAAGCUGCAUGUACAUCAAUCCUUUUUUUUCUAUUCAACUUCCUUAUAACAAAAUCUCGUCUGAGUCUAAGUAACACAGAAAUCGUAUGUGCGGAUCAUGUAAAAUUGUGAACAUUUCUUGGCCAUUGUUUGCAACUCUUGUGAUUGGUCGAAAUGUUUUAACACAAAAAUACACCCUUUAAAAGUGGAGUUUAAAUACAUUUUCUUCCGUAAACAGCCUUUUUGUAGAUUUAUGCACUCUCUGCGUAAAAAUGAAAACAUUUCUAUGUGAGGAAAGCGUAUUGCGCCACAACAAUAGAAAUUGCUUUCCUUCUUACCUGGAUCAUUACUUAAAUCCUGUUUGAAACCCUGUGUUCCAGCUUUCCGCGUCUGUUUUUCAUUUUUUAAAACCUAGUUUAAUUAAACAUGUUUAGUUGGUGAGAAUGGGGCAUAAAAGAGACGACACAAUGGUUGUGAAAUAUUGGUUUAUUUUAUUGGUGGAAUUCACUUUUUUUAUAAAAGCUCUUUCUUUUCACUCGACAACUAGGAUACGUGCUGAUAAACAUAUCUUCUAAUACUUGAAAUGGUUAUACUACUAAAAACCAAAAGGAGAGACAGCAUUUCUAUUUUGGUGUCACGCACUGUGAAAACUCGGAAGUUCAAAUUGCUGUAUUUUGGAGACGAAACGUGCUACGGGAAUGGACACUUCUACAAAGAUUUAGUUUUGGUUUAUCUUUAACCUAGGGUAAAUAAGAAUUCGUAAAACCUCGCUAUUUUGAUGACGUCACUGUGAAAACCAACUAUAACCCCAUACAAAGCACCUUCUAUGACAUCAGCUGGGUAUUACACAUACCACGAGAAUUUUCUCUGAAAUAGUUUUCUUAAUAUAACACAUAUUACUAAGAGCAAAUCACAAAGAGUAGAACCAAAUGCAAAUUUAAUAGUAAUGGCAAAUCUUGCAGCACAUCUUAAGUCCUCAUCGUGCUGAAUAAAAAAUUUACUUGCGAAAAUUUAAUCUAGUAAGUACGUUACAAAAGACAGACCUAAGUCAUGUGUGCUGUAUUAUUGUUCUCCGUCGUUCUUUCGAACUUGAAGUAGAAAAAAAUGGCGAUUAACACGUCGAGAUCUCUUGCAUCAAUAUUUUCCAACUCUCUCCGCCCGUUCCUUGAAACUAAAAACCUUUUCAAUAACGAUCUUUCUGUGUUUUGCUUGAUGCGUUCUUGUUUUCUUGAUGCUACACAAACUCUUCUAAGGAGCAACCACCCGACACAAACCUGUUAUUGUUUUUCCUUCGUUCCCACCACUUUCUGAAGAAAAAUUUGGAAGCGCCCAUAAAAAGCCGCCAAAUCUAGAAAACCAUUUGAAUGCAAACGAUGAACGACUCUGAUUGGCUCAAAAUCAUUUACGCGGUCGUUGAUUGGUUAUACUUCCGCAUGUGAAAACAGCUGUACACCAUUGUCUGAUUGGCUGUAUAAGCUUUUCUCACAUGUGAAAAUAAAGCGUAUAGAUUUCUACAAACAAGCUUUACGAAAUAAAAUUCUCGCGAUACGUGUAUCAAAUAACGAUAUACUUUCCUCAUGCCUUGCACAUGAUUUGUUUUACAAAGUCCUUUUGAGAAAAACAUAGAAUAGACUAGCUUACAUUAUGCUAUAUUGUCCAUAACAGAGGGAAGGAAACCUUUUGAACUGGUACAUCGGGGCUGUCUAAUCUGACCUGUGGGUUUGAGUGCAGGUUAACUUAACCCUUUAAGCCCUAAGAGUGAUCACCAUCAAAUUUCUCCUUGUGAUACCAAUGCUUUGUGAAACAGAGUGGUCACGAGAAUUACAGACAUGAUCACACAAGAUGAAUUUGUUUGAUACUUUAUCAACUUCUCCCCCACUUCUGUAGGAAAUGACUAAGGGUAACAAAUGAGAAUUCAAAUUUUGAUCUUAGGGUUUAAAGGGUUAAGUUCCAAUGUGAUCCCAAUGUUGAUAUUUGUUUAACUGUCAGUUUGCAUUAUCAUGUUUCCGCCACAGGUAACUCCACAUCAGCUCCACCUUCAUUUACAACUUCUUAUCCGCCUUAUCGUAAGUAGACGGCAAGACACAAUACAUUACAAUCCACCAUACAAUUAGAGAGUAUCCAUAAAGCUUUACUACGUUUUGUAAUAUUGUUUUGUAUAACAUAGGGUCAAGUAUUAAUGGUUAAUUAAUAUCAUUGGUUUUCAGAAGUUGCAUUUUAAUAAAUGAGUAAGGACAAAAACUUAUGAAUGGAUGAAUAAAUAAAAGUAAAUAGAUAUUUAGCUUAUAAUCAAAUAGAUAGGUAGAUAAAUACACAGAUAGGCAAAUAAAUAAACUGUUUUUCUUUAGCUGCCGAUUGGUCAAUUUGGUGAAGGAACGUCUUGUUCUGGAUUUUGCAAGUUUCACCGUUCGAUGUUCACCAACGCAUCAAGACAACACAGAUUCUUUAGCAUUACCCAAGGCGCUUCUUACAUUCAUACUUUUGUUUUUUAGUUUUUAUACUUUUAGUUUUUAUUUGAAUGUUUAAUUAUCAGUUCAACAGCAACAUUGAGCUAAAGGCACACCAGUAAGAAUGAAAAAAUAUAAUAAUAACAUAAAUAACAAAAGGUAAAAUGCCACUGCCUCACAUUAACUAGUGAGUUUAACCCGAGUUGAAAGACUUCCUCUGACUGCAGAUAUGAGAUUCCGUUAACUUAAACAACUUCAGAUAUUUUGAAUUCGUGUAAUACCGCUGCUUUAAACAAUAAAAGAGCGCCAUUGCUGUGUAUGAACAUAUUUGCCUGUAUUUAUCAAAUUAAGCCACUGUUUACCCAACGGGCAUACCAAUGGCGACAGCGAGACCAACUUUUGGAACACCAGGACCAAGCCCCCAGAGGUAAGCCGUAGCACUGUUUCGUUACAAUUCAAAAGAUAUGUCAUGAAUACACUUACCAUUGAGUCAAGAAGAACUUGCAUUGCAAUUGGUUGAGGGUACUGUCUGCAAAACCUUAACUGUAAAUUAAAUUUGAUAACCGAUUAUACUUCAAUUCCCUCCAGUGCGAUAUUCGUCAUUCUCACCCACAACAGCGGCAAUAUGAAACUUUACUCCUCCUACCCCGAGUUAAUCACUUGUCACUUAAAGGUUCGGGUAGUAACGUGACCAGCCCAAACAGGGCUUUUUAUUGUGUCUUGUGGGAGAAAGAGAGAAGAUUCGGAGAAUGAAGCUAGACUAAGUAAGGGUGGGAGGAGGGGAAGGUGGUGUUUCUACACAAGUCAUCCAUUUGCCUUUACUAUUAGAACUUUAUUCACACUGGAUUCCUUAAAGAGAAACCCCACUAUUAAAUUAAUUUUGACAAACUGAAAGUACCCAAAAGGAGUUUAUUUACAUAGAAAAAUGCUUUUCUCUCCUGAUGUAUUUUUUGGCGCUAAAGGAGGCCUUUAACUGACAGAGACAAUUUCGAUCUUUCCGCUCCCACCAUUUUGGUCGGCGCGGAAUAUAUUACUUAAUAUAUUACUUAAAUCGUAGUUUGAUUUAAGUAAACUAAAGUAUUCAAUUACAGAUCUGCCUUCGAUUUUAGUUUCCGUUUUUUUUUGUUUAUAGUACACAACUCUUGCUGUCAUUACUUUCAAUAACCUGUCUAAUAUUUUAUUUCAGCCGCCUCAGAUACUACAUUAAUGUUUUCCGAGCCUUACUCGACCAGGUAAAUGAAUAAUACAAACAACAAGUGUUACGUAAUAGCCUUAACUGAAAUUUACUUAUUGUACUGAUUUGGGGCAGCAGGGAUGGUGCAAUGGUUUAUUGGCGACAGCACUCGAUCCCUCUCCCCGCAAACGUCGCUCGGAUCAGUUCCCUGAUUAGAAUCCAUAUGGCGGUUGAACAUUGUAGUUAAUGUUGGUUUCAUUUCCCCCCAUUACCAGCUCCUGUUUGCUAGUGAUAAACAGGCUCACCAAGCAAAGUCCGAUAGUUUGGUCUAAGAUAAAUUAUAUUGAACUAAAGAUCGUAUACUUGGUAAUACUUCGCCCGAAGCUCUAACAUCGUAAAGGUGGACAUGCUUACUGCGCACAUCGCUUAUAUAAAAAGAAUGUACACUGUCACAGUUGAACGUGUACAGAAAACGAAGACACCCCGUUCUUGUUCCAAUAGCUAAUACCAUCCUACUCGGUUUGAUUAGUAGCAUGAUAAAGAAAACAGGGUCGAUCAAUUGAGACACUAUAAGGUACGAAGAUAAUUAAUUUGUAUUUUGGUCCUAACUUGAAGUUACAUAUUAACAAUUCUGAACUGUCUCCCGCCAAAAAAAACGUUCUGGCGAGCAAAAACUGCCCUUUUCCCAUCAGAAAUGUAUCAGAGGCUACGUACUAGUAAAGGGUCUAAUUAAAGAUGAUAAUUACCUGAGUGUGAUGUCAGUGGAUUUUCUCAGCCUUUUCUUCCAUUGUGACUGACUGUAACGAAGGUAGCGAAGUAAACCGUGGAGCUUCUAUAGAUGAUUGGGGAGUUGCUGGCAAAGACAAUCCUUCUUAUCUGCGCCAAACAUCCGACUGGUCAACAAAACAUUAAGCGCCAGAGAAAUUUUACAAAGAAUACUUUCUUUCUUUCCUUUUUUCUUUUUUUUUUUUUUUUUUUUUUUUUUCUCAAGGAACAUGAAACUUUUGAAGAAUUUCCAUAACUCCUUAGUCGAAAGCUUCUUUUUUUUGGAAUUCUUGUAAUUUAAGCCCAAGAUUGACGAGCAGAUUAACUCUUUUAUAUAGACCUCCAUGUCCAUAUUUGGUAAUUGAAUCUUAUUAUUUAUUUUGUUUUUUAGUUAUUUUUUUUAAGUGUGUAUAUUUCGUGGGUGAUGUUCAUUUGACUUCACCGAGAACUUAUGUGUAAAUGUAUAACAAACAAAACAGUUGGAAACAAAGGAAGCAAAAAAAGACUAAUUUUCAAAAGUCAUUUUUUUCAACUCGUGUUCUUUGUUUGUAGAUGGAAUAUAUUGUGGAUAAUGAUCUCUCCGGUAAUAUCAGUGUUCGGGAACACAAAGGUAAUGUAGCUACAGUUGAACAAAAGAAAAAUAAACAUAUUCAAUACUGAUUUAGAGAAACAUAAACAUGUAAAAAAUAACGAAAUAAUGUUCCGACGUUUAGGCGAAAUUAUGACGCCAUUAUCAAGGAAUGGAAUAAAGCAUCAAAAAUGCAAGUUCAAAAGGAAUGUACCACUAACAAGAGCGCCUCGAUACAUACUAAUCAAAUCCUUCUUUCUCGCAAUCGGUUACAUUUAUCUCCAUGAUCUUUCACACUAGUUUGUAAAAAGAUUGAAACUACUAUGACGUGAAAUUGCAUGUCAAAAGACCGUCGUUUUCUACAGAUAACAGCCGAACACCAAAAUUGUCCAUUUUUGCCGUUUUUCUAUUAACCAUAAAAAAACUUCAUCCCAAAAUAUCUCGAUGACGCUCUCACAGAUUCCGCUUAAACUUCACGAACAUCGAAGCGGCUCUUGGAGGAAAAAGCUCCGGCGAACGAUUUUGGAAGAGCAGCUCCCAGUGUCGAGAAAAACUGCUGCAAGUAAAAUAGGUGAUGGCGUCAUUUCGUUGCUAAGACAACUCUGAUGUCAUUGCAACCCUGAUCAAAUUUUCAUCUUUGUCUUGCUGUUUCAAUCAUGCAAAUUAGAGUACUUUAAGGUGGCUUGAUACAGUUUUUCAGGGUCAAUACCUCCCAAGUUUGAGCAUAAACUAAGUCGCCAUAAACAAAGAUUUGUAAAAAAUUGUCACCACAAUUGUAUGAGACAAAGACUUAACGAACUGAAUCCGUUUGCACGUUCAAAGGCAGUCUUAGUUGUUUGAUGUAAGGCAUUUCGUUACUGAGAUAAUCAAAUUUGUUCUUGCAUUUUUUUCCCUACACCAAAUACCCAAACUACAAUAACUACAGCAACUACAGCAACUACAACAACUACACUAACUACAUUAGCUACAGUAGCUACAGCAACUUCAGCAACUACAACAACUACAUUAACUACGUUAGCUACAGUAACUACACCAACUAGACCAACUACAACAACUACACUAACUACAGCAACUACAGUACGGCACUGUUAUGUUUUCCUUGUAACUGCUUAUAAAGGUACAAUUUGUGGGUAAUGGAUUCAUGAUAACCACCAUGAAUAUAGAGACAUUUCAUGCCCACUUAGCCCACUACAGUUGCUGCAGUUGCUGUAGUUAGUGUAGUAACUGUAGUUGGCGUAGUUGCAAUAUAGUUUGUAAAGUUGUUGUAGUUACUGUAGUUGGUGUACUUCGUUUGGUUGGUGUAGUUACCUUAGUUGAUGUAGUUGGUGUAGUUGGUGUAGUUACUGUUGUUGGUGUAGUUGGUGUAGUAGCUGUAGUUGGUGAAGUUACAUACUGUAGUUGGUGUAGUUGCUGUAGUUGGGUGUAGUUGCUGUAGUUGCUGCAGUUAAGCACGGAGAGGGACCGGAGGGGGCCUGAGCCCUCUCAAUAAUUUUGACAGCCACGUGCAGCGGCCAGGUUCUUCACGCUGCUCUUCGGUUCGAUAAAGCGUGAAAAUUAUCUAUUUAUGGCUUCAAUGAUCUUAGUCACUUAAAAAGUGCUGGAAAUGAAUGCUCUCGGAAGGCUGAAAAUGCUAUAUCAGAGACCCUGUAUUUCAAAUACUUUAGGGGGAACCCCCCUAGCAGCUUGCGGCUUCGGCGCUCGUGAUUCCCCCCCCAAUAAAUCUAACCUUCCUACGGCACUGCAUAAUUGCAUAAACCCAGGAAUUUGAGGGUGAUUAUAAAAUAAAAUUUGGGCCGAAUAUCGGCUCCAGACACUGAUUUUACCAUACCUGUCCAUAAGCCAUACCCUUAAAUGUGUGUUUACUUUUGCCUUGACAGAUCUGGUCAGGAAAGCUAUCUAUAACGUCGAUGCGGCAAUGAAAAGUUUUGGACGGCAAAAGCGAGACGUUAUGAAGACAAAGAUGGUUGAUCAGUUGAAAAAGAAGGCCAAUGAAUUGUUGAGCAAAAUGGAAAACAAAAAAAGUAAGUAAUAGGGGAAAAUUAUUUUCAAAUUGAGCGCAAAAAACAACAACAACAAAACAAAGCAUGAUAUAUAACGUGACAAAAAAAUGAUGUAAUAAUGCUGAUGAUAAUUAACACGGAUAAAAAUAAUGAUAAUGAAAGUAAUUUUAAGUUUCGCCUUUCUGAUCACGGAUAAUAAUAUAGUUAUGGUAAUAAUAAUGACUUUAUUUUUUUUAGUUUCGCCUUUUUUAACCGAUAUUUUGGGCGAUUAAAUUAUGCGUUUUCAAACUGUUUGUUUCGGACUUAGUCUCGAAUUCGAUUUGGUCGAUCAUAAUUUUGAUAUGAUUUCAAAUGUAACAUAGUUAUUUAAGUGGAAUGGUUAUGAAACCCGUUAGAUUUUUUGUUAUAUGUUUUUGUCAGCUUUUUUGGACCUCGCUGUGUACAACGUUCAAUAGCAUCCCUAUCAUUUUGAAGUCACUGACCAACUGAUGUUUUUCACAGUGACGUCAUCAAAUUGUAAAGUCAUAAUAGUAAGGAUUCUUAUUUACACUAACUUGAAGAUAAACAAGAAGUAAAUCUUUCUACAAGUUUCCAUUCCUGUAGUAUGUUUCAUUUCGAAAAUACAGCAAUCUGAACUUCCGAGUUUUCACAGUACGUGACACCAAAAUAGGAAUGCUGUCUCGUCACGAAAAAAAGUCUCCCCUCCUGAUUUUCAGCAGCAUAAUCAUUUCAACUAUUAGAAGAUAUGUUUAUGCGCACGUAAGUUAGUUCUCGAGUGAAAAGAAAGAGUUUUUUUAUAGAAAAAGUGAACUCCAGAUGUUUUUGUUGAUUUCCGGCGGCCAUAUUGGUACACCAAAACGGUACACCAAUAUGGCGUCUCCAUACAAAGCUCUACAAAGGUGCGUGAAACGUUUCGGCAAAUAACUCAGAAACUGUGGGUCACAAAGACUGGGAAAAGUUGUUUAUAUAUUAUCAUAUAUUAUAUUAUUUAUAUUAUGAUUGUUUAUAUAUUAGUCUUUUAAACCACUUCAUUUUCUUGGCUUCUUCCCCUGGACGGUUUCCAAUUUACUUUUUUGUUGCGUGACAGUGAAAACGAUCUAUAGAAACAUCGCAUUAAUCUAUUCAGUCACAAUUUGCGAACGAAAAACAAAGGAUUGUGCACGGUCAGGGAGUUUCAACAUAAACUGCAGCACCGUUGUUUCCAACUUUGAUGUUUGCCGGCUUUCCUAACCAGUCCCCUCAACUAACUACGUUCAGACCAAACUGCACUCCACUUAGUUCAAAGUGCAAUGAACUGAUGAAGUCUGUCAACAGUCAACAACAAAAACUGAUAAUAGCUCAUCUUAUUUCAUCACUUUUAGGCCUAAUUAAAAAGCGUUCUCUGAAAAAAUUGCAAGAGAAACGAGAAGCCAAGAAACAGAUGAAGAAACGCCAGCUAAUCAUGAAGAAUACAAUGGAUAUCGUCAGCAAGUCCUUCGGCAAAAUAGCGAGAAACAAACAAUAGAUCCAUUAGGUAAUGACAACUGCUAUUAGUUAUCAGUCAGUACCCUUGGUUAAAUUGGAAUCUUAUUUUUUUUUUCUUCCAAAGCAAACAGAGGACUGUUUCUUUUCUCUUUUCUCAUUUUACUCCAUUCUUUCUAAACUGGUUUUGUUUUUAUAAUUUCAAGGCAUUAAUUUAUUUUCUCCUUUCGCGUUCACGAGAGUUUUGAUUCUGCUUACAGAAUUUCAUUGAAUGUACCCAUUUAAGGUAAUAAAAGACGGUUUCGGUUUCUGCAUUUCACGCUGAGGAUUACGUAUUGUAGUUACUGGAUUCUGGAUCUUGUGAGUGAAACUUGGAUUCCGGAUGCCAAUCAUCAGCGGGAUUUCCGAUUCCUUGAACUGGAUUCCAGAUUCCACGAACAAAAGUUUCCUGGAUAUUCCGGAAUUCAGAUUGCCAUACGUGGCGCGAAUUAAAAGUGACAUCUACAAAAAGUACUGUUCCAAACGAAGAUCCUAGCGAGCUUAGAAUUAGAAAUUAAAGAUUCUAGCGAAUUAGAAAGAACUGUGAAUGAUAUUAACCAGUCAAAUCAAAGCCACGGCUAUAACUUAAGAUCCAAACCAGUUUCAGUAGCAGUACUAAAGUCAGGGACGCAAAGACAUGCAAAUUCAUUUAUAGCAAGGGCUGCAAGACUCCUUUAAUGAUCUGUUAUUUUUACUCACUUACUUACUUAAUUUUCUUACUUUUUUAUCAGAAUAAUCACUUGAUUUCAUAGUAUUGUGAAUAGGCUCUUGUGUGAAUCCAUUGUAUAUAUUUUUGAAAGACGGAUAAAUAAAGGUUAUUAUUAUAACUUAUCAUUUCGAUAUUAUUGAUUUUACCUUCUUCCUAUCUCACUUUAUGAUUUUUACUUUUUACUGCAGCAAAGGAUGAAGAAUACAACAUGGACCGGAACGGAACAGGCAUUGAGACCAAUCAGUAAUAGAAGCAUUAGAUUCUGUUAUCAAAAAUAGCGAAAGGAGAACACCAAAACCGCGAACUUUUUUGGUGACUAAACUGUUUUUAGAUGUAAGCGGGGUAGCAGCACCCACUGUAAUGUUACAGUCAAAUAAACGAGGA